GGAGGGCGCUCGCGACAUCGGCGGCGGUGGCGCGCGGCGGCGGCGGCGGUGGCCGCCGAGUCCGGGGCUUUGGGUCGCGUCCCACGGCCCGGCCCCCUCCCACCGCCGCCACCUCGCUGACCAGUGCCGCCUUCCCUUUUGCACCUUACUUGCGCCCAGGCGGUCCUGUCCUCGCUUGCGCGUCGCUUCGCAGGAGUGCGCAGGCGCGGCGGGGGCGCUCAGCCCCGUUGGGUGGGCGGCAGAGCCCGGGAGCGCGCGGGCGAGACCAUGGCGGGCAGCGGAGCGGGGGGCGGUGGUGUCGGGGAGACGAAGGUGAUUUACCACCUGGAUGAAGAAGAAACUCCCUAUCUGGUGAAGAUCCCUGUCCCCGCCGAGCGCAUAACCCUCGGCGAUUUCAAGAGCGUCUUGCAGCGGCCCGCGGGCGCAAAGUACUUUUUUAAGUCUAUGGAUCAGGAUUUCGGGGUGGUGAAGGAAGAGAUUUCCGACGACAAUGCCCGCCUUCCCUGCUUCAACGGAAGGGUGGUAUCCUGGCUGGUGUCAUCAGAUAACCCCCAGCCUGAGAUGGCCCCCCCGGCCCAUGAACCUCGGACAGACCUGGCACCUCCACCCCCACCGUUACCCCCUUUGCCUCCAGAGAGGACCAGUGGUAUUGGGGACUCCAGGCCUCCAUCCUUCCACCCUAACGUGUCCAGCAGCCGGGAGAAUCUGGAGCCCGAGACGGAAACAGAGUCAGUUGUGUCUCUGAGGCGGGAGCGGCCUCGCAGGCGAGACAGCAGUGAGCACGGCGCUGGGGGCCACAGGCCCAGCGGCCCCUCGCGGCUGGAGCGCCACCUGGCCGGGUACGAGAGCUCCUCCACCCUCCUGACCAGCGAGCUGGAGAGCACCAGCCUGGGGGACUCGGACGAGGACGACACCUUGAGCAGGUUCAGCAGCUCCACGGAGCAGAGCAGCGCCUCCCGCCUCCUCAAGCGGCACCGGCGGCGGCGGAAGCAGCGGCCCCCCCGCCUGGAGAGGACCUCGUCCUUCAGCAGCGUCACCGACUCCACCAUGUCUCUCAACAUCAUCACCGUCACGCUCAACAUGGAGAAGUACAACUUCCUGGGCAUCUCCAUCGUGGGCCAAAGCAACGAGCGGGGAGACGGUGGCAUCUACAUCGGCUCCAUCAUGAAGGGGGGCGCUGUGGCCGCCGACGGGCGCAUUGAGCCCGGGGACAUGCUUUUGCAGGUGAACGACGUGAACUUCGAGAACAUGAGCAACGAUGACGCGGUGCGGGUGCUGAGGGACAUCGUGCACAAGCCCGGCCCCAUCGUGCUGACCGUGGCCAAGUGCUGGGACCCCUCUCCCCAGGCCUAUUUCACUCUGCCACGAAAUGAGCCCAUCCAGCCGAUCGACCCUGCCGCCUGGGUCUCACACUCUGCUGCGCUGACCGGCACCUUCCCAGCCUAUCCGGGCUCCUCGUCCAUGAGCACCAUCACGUCUGGGUCCUCUCUUCCUGACGGCUGUGAGGGCCGGGGCCUCUCCAUCCAUACGGACAUGGCAUCUGUGACCAAGGCCAUGGCAGCUCCCGAGUCUGGACUGGAAGUUCGAGACCGCAUGUGGCUCAAGAUCACCAUCCCUAAUGCCUUUCUGGGCUCGGACGUGGUCGACUGGCUCUACCAUCACGUGGAGGGCUUUCCGGAGCGGCGCGAGGCCCGGAAGUACGCCAGCGGGCUGCUCAAGGCGGGCCUCAUCCGGCACACGGUGAACAAGAUCACCUUCUCCGAGCAGUGCUAUUACGUCUUCGGAGACCUCAGCGGCGGCUGUGAGAGUUACCUGGUCAACCUGUCGCUGAACGACAACGAUGGCUCCAGUGGUGCCUCGGAUCAGGACACCUUGGCUCCUCUGCCUGGGGCCACCCCCUGGCCCCUGCUGCCCACCUUCUCCUAUCAGUACCCCGCCCCGCACCCGUACAGUCCCCAGCCCCCACCCUACCACGAGCUCUCGUCCUACACCUACGGCGGAGGCAGCGCCAGCAGUCAGCACAGCGAGGGGAGCCGGAGCAGCGGGUCCACACGAAGCGAUGGGGGGGCAGGGCGCACGGGGAGGCCCGAGGAUCGGGCCCCUGAGUCCAAAUCCGGCAGCGGCAGUGAGUCCGAGCCCUCCACCCGGGGCGGCAGCCUUCGGCGGGGCGGGGAAUCCGGGGGGACUGGUGAUGGGGGCCCUCCGCCUUCCAGGGGCUCAUCAGGAGGCGCUCCCAAUGUCCGAGGCCACCCGGGGCUGCACCCCUACGGCCCACCCCCUGGCGUGGCCCUCCCGUAUAACCCCAUGAUGGUGGUCAUGGUGCCCCCCCCGCCCCCCGUCCCCCCAGCAGUGCAGCCUCCAGGGGCCCCUCCAGUCAGAGACCUGGGCUCCGUGCCCCCAGAGCUGACGGCCAGCCGCCAAAGCUUCCACAUGGCCAUGGGCAACCCCAGUGAGUUCUUUGUGGAUGUUAUGUAGGGCCCCAGGUGGGGCGGGGUUCGAUCUCCGGCCUGGACCUGGCCGGCCUCGGUGCUCCCUCCUGUGAUUGGGUGUCUUGUGGGUCGUGUGUGCUCGGUACUCCUCUGGUGCCCGGGCUCAGCCCGGUCCUGCGGGCUGCCGCCUGCUGGGAGGCUGCUGCCGCUGUGACUCUACCAGCAGUGCCUGGUUCCUCCCCUUCCCUCAGGGGGCAGCAGGGACAUUUGGUUAUUUUUAGCUUUAAUGUUUUUUGUAAGCCUUUUGGGGGGCUGAAAUAGACUUUCUUACAUUUUUGGACUAUUUUUUUAGUAGACAUCUUCUCUUUUAUAUGAAGAAUUUGUACCUCCUCUUAGGCCCCUUCUUCUAAGCCCAAAAUGUGACCUCCUACUCCGUGCACCCCGUCAGUGGUCCCGCGCAGGGUGGGGGGGGCGGUCAGCGGUACCCUGGGAACUGGAAGGGGCUCUGUUACCCUAGACAGCAGAGGAAGCUGGGGUAUUGGGUAUUUGGGGGCCGUGUAGCUGCUUUUGUUAACUUUAUUUAUUUUAGUCAUUUGUAUAAAACACCAAAUAAAGCAAUAGGGGAAAACUC